UUUGAAGGAGGAAAGAGUAAAGAACUGUUUCUAAUUCGACCUUGCAGUUUUACUGGCAAUAUCUUUUUGAUGAUCCCUCUCGGUGACCUGCAAUGGCUGAUCGUUGAAUUGCAAUGCGUGGUGCUUUGGGACCUAUAUCUAUAUUCUCUUUGAUAUUCAACAUCCAAGACAUAUACAAAUAGGAAACUAUGGCUAAUCUAAGGACCCGGACUUAAGCAAACAUGGUGAUGGUGUUUGGUGAUGGUUGAUGCCUUUGUCAAGUUAAAUAAUCAAAACCCCGGCAAGUGGUCCGUGGCAGGCAACAUCAAUUAUGCUUAGUUCGAAAUACACAGAGCUAAAUAUGGAGGAAUGCUCCAGCUCCAGUGGUAGUAGAAUGAGCGAACUCCAAAUUCUCUACCAAGAAAUCGACAAUAGUUUAUUCAGUCUGCCAACACGCGAACAGGACGACGAAGACGUCCAGUUUGAUAUGUCUGACCUUGAGAAGAACCAGGAGGUGCUGUCGGCUGGUAAACUGUAUACAUCCAUCGAGGAGUUUGCCUCGGUCAUCCCAAACCACCUGCUUUUGGGCUCACUUCUGGAGCAUCUGUGCUUCGUCUACGAGAGCGACCCCAUACGCUCUCGCAUGCUCUUCAAAGUCAUCGGCCAGCGUUUAACCACCAUGAACCUCGUCUCACCAUUGGCCGUCAGCGAUGAGUUCAGCACCGUCAGACUCCAACACAACCGGGCCUUCACUGAGCUGCUCCACGCCGCUAGCUCCUCCCUAUUCCCUCAGAGUCAGCAGCUUCUAAGUGCAGACGCACUUGUCCUUCCUGCAAGGCUGAAAGAGGGUUUAUUCCAGGCACAGACGUCGCGCUACCUCAGCGAGUUUGAAGAAAUCGGCAGACUGGGAAAAGGAGCAUAUGGCAAGGUUUUCAAGGUCAUAAACAAGCUAGACGGUCAGAGUUACGCCGUGAAGAAGAUUCUCAUCAAGAACGUCUCAAGGAAUGACUGCAUGAAGGUGCUAAGAGAGGUCAAAAUGCUGUCGAGCCUGCAGCAUGUCUGCGUGGUGGGCUACCACACGGCUUGGAUGGAGCACGUCCAGCCCCCAGCUUACCCCAAUUCUCUUCUGCCUGCGCUGGAAUCCCCUGCUCCACAGUUUAGCGGCGACGAAAGCCCGGGCUGCAGCAGCAACGGGUCCUCCAUCCUCUUCCAGAGCGGCAGCUGGGUCCAGUCGGUCCCCGCUUCGCGGGGCAAGGACGCUCCCGGGUCGCUCCCACCCAUCACAGCCCUGCUCCCCUCCUCCUCCUCGUGUCCCAAGCUGGUGCGGCGCCUCCCGGAGAGCUACGUGCCCUGCGUUUUCCUGGGUCAGAAGGCUGCGGCGGCGGCGGCGGCUAAGGCCUGCCCCGCGCUGGCCUGGGACGGCUCGGCUCUGGAGAGGGAUGAUUGGUCGGGCUCCAGUGGGAAGGACCGCCAGCCGGAGCCCGGCGUGGACCCGGCGGGGCAGCAGCCUGACGAUAAGAAAUGUCUCAAGGAGGUACAGUUCCACCUGAUGCUCUACAUACAGAUGCAGCUCUGUGAGCGAUCUCUGAAGGACUGGAUAUCGGAAAGGAAUUCUCGGCCUUCAGAGGAGCUCUCCUCAAAAUGUCCCUAUGCCUUGGUGGAUGGGGAACACACACUCUGCUUGCUUCGGAAAACACUGGAAGGUGUGGAAUACAUUCACUCCAAGGGAAUGAUGCACAGAGACCUCAAGCCACCGAAUAUCUUCCUUCAUGGUCAAGACAGUCAAGUCAGGAUUGGAGACUUUGGUCUGGCCUGCAAGGAUAUAUUGGUGAAUGAUCAGGAUCCAUUGCCGUUUGCCUCCAACAUUAAUGGUUCUCAGCAUACAGCAGGUGUGGGCACAUUUGUGUACGCUGCCCCAGAGCAACUAGAGGGCUCUUACUACGAUUCAAAGUCGGACAUGUACAGCGUAGGUGUGUUGGCCCUGGAGCUGUUUCAACCCUUUGGGACAGAGAUGGAGCGAGUGCGCACGCUGGAGAACCUUCGAGAAGGAACAGUCCCCGACUCCUUCAGCUAUCGGUGGCCAAUCCUGGCCAAGUACGUCACGCAGCUAACCAGCAAGGACCCUGGCGUCCGGCCCACCGCCAGCCAGCUCCUGCAAAGCGAACUCUUCAACAGUAAAGACUUGGUGAUACAUGGGCUUCAACGGCGGGUGGAGGAGCAGGAAGAGGAGAUCAGUGUGCUCCGGAGACAAAUCAGUGCGCUCCAGAUCUCACAAAGCUCUCCUGGUGGUUCUGACAUUAACACUGGACAUUGAGAAACAACCUUGACUCAACAGACAAUUCAAAGUAUAUUUAUUUAUGGCUCAACAUGUUCAGCUACCUGGACCUUGCAUUCAUUCAGAAUUGGUGGUGAAAAACACCCUACAUGACACUGUGUGUGUGUGUUUGGGGAAAAUGCUUAAUUUUACCUAGUAAGAUAGGUAUAAUGGUUUUAGCUUUAUAAUAAAACCCUUAUCCAAUUCUCAUGUGGUGUUGUUGGGGGGGAAAGUAGCCAAAUGAAUGUAUGCAUGUCGUAAAGAAAGAUAUAACGCAGUGAUAGCAAUUCAUAUGAUGGUGAUGGGGCAUAAUCUCAAGGAAUGUUGUGUAUAAGUGGCUGGAUUCUUGUGUGCUUACAAAGUUAAUCAAAAUUAAGAAUUUUCUUUUUGAAGAUCAAUACUUCCUAAUAUGUAUAGUUUGUAUGUUUUUUCACGAGAUUAUACAUGGGGAGAUCUGGCGACUGGAUACAUCAGUCAAGUCCAGUGAGGGAUGUAUUCUUCUGCAUACGCCUGUAAUGAAUAAAAUAACCCGAAAUGUGUUUUACAUAACGCAAGUGACACAGUGUACCG